UGAGCCCACCCACUGCGGAAACGAACAGACGAUUUGUCGCGAGAGAGGGUUUGUUUACAUAACAGGUUAAGUGAAUUUACGUAGUAGGUUAGAAGAAUUACGUUAAUGUUAGGAAGAGUUUAGGGUGAGAUUUCGCCUCAAAAUUACAGUCAAGUGUUGUCCCCGACGCGACCACUAGAUGAAGCUGUAGGCCAAAUCCUUCUAGCCAUAACGCUAGAAACAAAAACAUACUAUCUGUGGCGACAAAUCAUCAUUAUCAAAACACGGGCUUGCAAGACAUUGAUGUAUAAAUACAUUUAAAAACGGGGCUUCCUUCAAGCUUGAUUAGGCCGGCGCUGCAUUGAUAAAAUGACAAAUAUUCGUCGUGAUAAUUCUCAAAGUUUAUCAAAAGCUUGGAUUGCACUGAGGAGACUUGAUAAAAACGAUGACAGAGUCAUUGCAUUGCAAGAGGUCACCAUUCCAAAGGGUAUGGAGGCCACUACAGUUAAACAGAUCAUAACACAUUUGUUUGGAUUGAAUUCUGCUAAUGUGACACAGACAUUUAAGAUAAGAAACCACAAGGGCUGUCUGAUUCCAUUCAACAGCUUUAUACCGGUGAACAGCAAGCACAUGCCAUAUGUGCUGGAAGUGGCAACAGUCUUUCAGCAUGUCAUUCCAAAACCACGGACCAUUGCCAUGACAGUAAUCAAUAAAAGUAUGCGAACAAGACUACAAGGUGUUGUCAGAAGGAUAGUGAGACUUGAAGAACUGUUUCCUCAGAUUAAAUUAAGACGUCAUGAGAAAAUUUAUCAGGAAAUAGAGUUGCUGAACCAACAGUUGAGAUUUCUUCAUAAAAGAAUGCAGGGCUUUUGGUGUAAAGGAGAGUGGGGUAAGUUGAGACUUUUUUUAACGUUCAGCAUCAAUCCGUCAAGGGAACAAUAAUAUUCUUUCUAACAAAGAUACCAUUUACAUAUAUUUCAGGAUGUUGUGUAUUCCUGGAAAUAAUCGGAAUUCAUGUAAAUAUUAAGAUUUUGUAUGUGCCCUCAUAUCCUCAAAAAGUUAUACAGUUGCAGCAUUAAGGGCAUCUUGACUGGCUGCAUAACUGCUUGGCAUGGCAACUGCACCUCCCUCGAUCGCAUGGUGCUACAGAGGGUGGUACGGACAUCCCAGUACAUCACUGGGGCUGCACUCCGUGCCAUCCAGGACCUCUAUAUCAGGUGGUGUGAAAUAAAGGACCGGAAAAUUGUUAAAAACUCCAUCCACCCAAGCCAUAGACUGUUCUCUUCGCUUCUGCACGGCAAGUGGUACCAGAGCUAGCUACGUCUGACACCAACAGGCUCCUGAACAGUUUCUAUCCCUAAGCCUUAAGACUGCUAAAUAGAUCAAAUGGAUACAUCGACUAUCUGCAUUGACCCUUCUAUUACAUUUUUUGGGUUUUGCACUGAUUGCACACUCACUCACUCACACACACUCACUCAACACACAAACACGCACGCACGCACACACACACACACUUAAUUUGCUCACACACACACAUUCAUACUGACUCUACGUAUGGUACACGCACACACACACACACUCACAUACAAUCAUCAUAUACGCUGCUGCUACUCUGUUUACCAUAUAUCCCGAUUCUAUGUCACCUUACCGCUAAACAUGUCUAACCCUACCACUCCAGUAUCCCUGCACAUUGUAAAUAUGACGCUGGAAAACUGACCCUGGAACUAACCCUGUACGUGUAUAUACUGAAAGAGAAAAUAGAAACGCAACAUGUAAAGUGUUGGUCCCAUGUUUAAUGAGCUGAAACAAAAGAUCCCAGAAAUGUUCCACAAGCACAAAAAGCUUAUUCCUCUCAAGGAUCAUCUGAGACCAGCCACCGGACAGCUGAUGAAACUGAGGAGCAUUUCUGUCUGUACAAAAGCACUUUUAUGGGGAAAUACUAAUUAGGAUUGGCUGGGCCUGGCUCCUCAGUGGGUUGGCCUGGCUCCCAAGUGGGGUGGGCCUAUACCCUCCCAGGCCCAGCCGUGGCUGCACCCUUGCUCAGUCAUGUGAAAUCCAUAGAUUAGGGCCUAAUGAAUGGAUUUCAAUUGAAUGAUUUUCUGAUAUGAACUGUAACUCCAGUAAAAUCAGUGAAAUUGUUGUGUUGCGUUUAUAUUUUUGUUCAGUAAAGCUUACUUUCUCUUGUUCUUCAUAUUUCAAUUUCUUUUGUGUUUUUGUUUUAUUUUUGUUCUAAGUAAGACUUUUUAUAAAUAUUUUAUAGUACUACUGAUAUUGAUUAAUGCAUUCUUGCUAAGAGCAAGCAAGAAAGGCAUUUCACUGUACUUGUUUGUGUGACAAUAAAAACUUUUGCUAUUAU